UUUCACCCGAAGAUUAAUAUGAUUCUUGCUGGUUUACAUAACGGGGUAAUACAGCUGUGGGAUUAUCGUAUAGGUAUAUUAAUAGAUAAGUUUGAAGAGCAUGAAGGGCCUGUAAGAGGUAUUGAUUUUCAUAAUGUGCAACCUUUGUUUGUAAGUGGUGCUGAUGAUUAUUUAAUAAAGGUUUGGAAUAUUCAUUUAAAGAAAUGUGUAUUUAAUUUGGUUGGUCAUUUAGAUUAUAUUAGGAAGGUACAAUUCCAUGAAGAGUAUCCUUGGAUAUUAUCUGCAUCUGAUGAUCAGACGAUAAGAAUAUGGAAUUGGCAAAGUCGUGUUUGUAUAGCAAUAUUAACGGGACAUAAUCAUUAUGUUAUGUGUGCUGAAUUUCAUCCGAGUUUAGAUUAUAUUAUAUCUUGUAGUUUAGAUAAAACAUUAAGAGUAUGGGAUAUAAAAUUGUUAAGAGAAAAAAAUGUGAUAUCCAAAGGGGACCAUCUAGAUAGUAGCAUUAAUAACAAUAAUAAUAAUAAUAAUAAUAUUGGUCGUAGUGUUCUUAAUAAUAAUACAUAUUAUAGUAAUAAUUAUUUACAUCCUUUAAACGAUAAAUCUUAUGGAUUAUCGAAAAAUGUUAGUAACUCAGAUUUUUUAUCAAAUAAUCAACAGAAUAAUAGUUCUAGUGGUGUUGGUAAUUCUUAUUCUUUUAUAUCGAAUCAACAAAGUAUUAAUAUGUUUGGAGCUUCAGAUGCUGUUUGUAAAUUUAUUUUAGAAGGACAUGAGAAAGGUGUUAAUUGUUGUACGUUUCAUCAUAAUUUACCGCUCAUCGCAUCAGGUUCAGAUGAUAAAUUAAUAAAAAUAUGGAGAUUUAAUGAUAGCAAAUGUUGGGAAUUAGAUACAUUAAGAGGACAUUUUAAUAAUGUAUCAAGUCUUGUAUUUCAUCGAACAAAUGAUGAUUUAUUAUUAAGUAAUAGUGAAGAUCAUACUAUACGAAUAUGGGAUAUUAAUAAACGUUCUUGUAUUCAUACAUUUAGAAGGGAAAAUGAUCGUUUCUGGAUUUUAUCUUUUAAAGUAAAUUCUAAAUUAAUCGCAGCUGGACAUGAUUCAGGUAUGGUCAUAUUUAAAUUUCAUAAAGAAAAAUGUCCUUUUGAUAAAUAUGAGCAUUAUUUAUUUUAUUGUAAAGAUAAACAAAUAUGUCUUUAUGAUAUAAUAAAAGAUACUAAUACAACUUUAUGUCCUGUACGAAAAUAUGGUAAUGUUAUGUCUAAUGGAUAUCAACAAUUAAUAUAUAAUCAAUUCUGUACAACUCAUAUUGCUAUUAUUUUUAUAUAUAAAGAAGAUGCUAUGCAUCGUACGAAUGGUUCGUCUCACCAAGACGAUGAAAUAGAUGAAGAUGACGAAUCGACAAAUGAAAAUUUGUAUAACAAUAAUAAAAAUAAAAAUAAUAAUAAUAAUAAUAAUAAUAUUACCCAUCAACAACAGUAUUAUUCAUUUGAUUUGAUUAUAUGGGAAAAUAAAAGUGCCCUUAUGAAGAACAACAACAAUAAUAAUAUGAGUAAUAAUAAUUAUCAUAAUCCAAAUAAUUCUUCUUCAUCAUCGUUUAACUUUUUUAAACCAUGGUCAUCAAGAAAAGAUCCAUCCAUUAAAAAUAACAGCAACAAGAAUAAUAUUCAUCAUAGUAAUAAUAUUAAUAAUGUUAAUAAUGUGAAUUGUGGUGAUGAUGUAAAAUACAUUAUUAAAAAUAAAUAUUGCUGCUUUGCUACUUUCAUUUCAAGAAAUAAAUAUAUUUUUGUGGAAAAGAAAAAUAACAAUAAUUAUGUUUUAAAUAUACAUAAUAUUCCUGAAGAUAAUCUGUAUAAAAAAAUUGAAGUACCCUUUAAAGUAGAUCGAGUACAUUCACUAAAUAAUAAUAGGAUUAUAAUAUUUGGAGAACAUCAUAUAUAUCUUUAUGACAUGAAUUUGAAAAAAAUAUUAAAUGAAAUACAUCACACAGAUUCUAUCAUAUCAGUAGAAGUAAUAAAAGAUUAUAUAGCUUUUGUUUUUAAAUAUAAUAUUGUUAUAACAACUAUUGAUUUACAACAUUUAUGUACUACUCAUGAAUAUAUACGUAUUAAAAGUGGUAUAUGGGAUGAACGAAAAAACAACAACAACAAUGUUUUUAUUUAUAAUACUCUUAGUCAUUUAAAAUAUAUCUUAAUUAAUGGUGAAAAAGGAUUAAUCAAAUAUAUGGAUGAAACUGUAUAUUUAUUUAAAAUAUAUAAUAAUCAUUUGUAUUAUAUAAAUAGGCAGGAAAAUAUAAAAAAUAUUUUAUUAAACGAUACAGAAUAUUUAUUUAAAAUGUGUUUAAUAAAUAAUGAUGAACAUAUGGCAUAUCAAUAUUUAAAUAUGAAUAAUAACAACAAAAAAAAAAAAAAAAACACAAUGUUGAAUAAUAAUGAUAAUCAUCAUGUAGUCCCUUUAAAUGAAAAGAAAAAAUUAUAUUUUAGUUAUAAUUUAAUAGGAUAUAUUAAAAAAAAAGGAUUUGCUAAUUUAGCAGUACAAAUGGUUAAUAAUAAUAACACAUUAUUUAAUUUAUCUGUACAAUUAGGACAUUUGAAUAAUGCUUUAAAAGCUGCUAAAAAAAUUGAUAAAACACACAUAUGGAAUAUAUUAAGUGUUCAUGCACUCAUGUUAGGAAAUUUUCAGAUUGCUGAAUAUGCAUUACAAAGAACUAAAUCAUAUGAUAAACUAUCUUUUUUAUAUUUCUUUAGUGGGAAUAUUGAAAAAUUAAAAAAAAUGUUAUCUAUAUCCAUGAUAAGAAAUGAUCUUAUUUCCAUAUUUUUAAAUUCUUUAUAUUUAGGUGACAUAGAACAAAGAAUUAAUAUUUUCAUACAACAAAAUCAACUUAAUCUAGCCUUAUUAUGUUCACAUUUAUAUAAUAUACCAAUCAACUUGUCAGAUAAACAAUGUGAAUUUGAUAUUAAUGAAUGUAACUAUUGUCCAAAAAAAUCGUAUUAUCUUUGUCCACCUAUACCUAUAGUAAAAAUUGACGACACUUCAAGUAGUGCACAAAAAAAAACAUGUAAUAAUAUAAAUACUAAUGAAACCAAAAAUGUUAUGAAUAAUUUAAAUAAGGAUAAGGUUAAUCAUACACAAAUGAAUGUAACAAAUCAUAUUCUGUGGAAUAAUUCCUAUAACUGGCCAGUAUUAAAUUAUGAACAAACACAUUAUAAAAUCAAGACACCAACAGAAUCAAAUGAAAAACAAUAUGUAUAUCUAAAAGAUAAAAAUAAUCAUAAUGUACAUACAAAUCAUAAAAAUCAUCUUACUCAUGGAGAUAAAACCAACAUAUCACAGGAACAUAUAACAAAUAUAUUAACAUCUGAAAAAAAAAAACUAAAUAAUAAUGAAUCAUAUAGUGAAGUUAAUAAAUUCGAAGGGAAAAGCGAUUUCUCUGAUGAAAAUGAUAUAUGGAAAAAUGAUGUAAAUGAUGAGGAUAUAAAUAUAAUGGAUUUAGAUAUACAAGAGAACCAAAACAUAUUAAAUAAGCAAGCUUUAAAAAUAGAAAAAGGAGAAAAUAUUUUACAAAAAUCAUUAAAAAGAAAUGGUAAAAUUAUAGAUUUUCUAAGAACUGGAAAUAUUUCAACAUCCUUGAAAUUAAUAUCUAAAAAAUAUGGAAUUGUUCAUAUGGAACCAUUUAAACCAAUUAUAAAAAAUAUUUAUAUAUCUACUUAUGUAUAUAUUACACCUAUGCAAAAUUUAGAACCAUUAAAAAUACCUUUACAUAUGAAUGAAAAUAAUUUAAAUAAUAUAUAUAUUACUAAACAUUUCUUAUAUACACAAAUUAAAAAAGCACAUAAAUUAGUUACCUUAGGAAAAUUUACACAAGCACUUAAUCUUUUUAGAAAUAUAUUAUAUCAUAUGAUAUUUGUAGAUACAAACGAAAGCGAACAAGAUUUAUAUGACUACCUACAAAUGGUAAUAAGUUAUAUAUUAGCUAUGAGACUAGAAGAAGAAAGAAAUGUAACAGCAACAUCGGACCCUAGAAGAAGUUUAGAAUUAAUGGCAUAUUUUACAUGUUGUUCUUUGCAAAAUUCCCACCUAUAUUUGGUUCUAAGAAGAGGAAUGGGUUUGGCUUGGAAGGCUCAAAAUUUUGUCACAGCUGGAUCG